AUGAGGGUAUAUAAGAGGCCCGGGCUGCGAAGAGACCAUCAGACGCCAAGAACUCCUCUUUGCAAGAAAACCCAAAACACAUCUCCUGCCAUCAUGGCCUGCAGUCCCUGCUCCACCGGCUUCUGCGGCUUCCCGAGCUGCGGAUGCUCCGGAGGCGGUGCCUUCCCAGAGGGCGGCUCCGGCCCCCUCAGCUGCCGCACCAGGUGGUGCCGUCCCAGCUGCAGCGUGGAGGGCACCUUCCUCCCACCCUGCUGCGUGCUCAGCUGCAUCCCACCCUCCUGCUGCCAGCUCCACCACGCCCAGGCCUCCUGCUGCCGCCCUUCCUACUGCGGGCAAUCCUGCUGCCGCCCAUCUUGCUGCUGCUGCCCCGCCAACUGCGGCCCGCUGGCGUGCGGUCAGCCGUCUUGCUUCUAA